AGUGCGUUGGCAUUCACCAACAAUAGACGAGGCCAACAGAGAACUUUGACAGGUUUCAACUGUAGGAGGGAAGCAAAAAUCGACUUUCAGAAUUCAUAUUGGAUGCGCUUAGCCUUGGCAACGAGGAUUUGGAGGGAUACAGAUUGAAUGCAAUAAAAAGCUUGCGCACUAGGUGCAUUGGUGUUUCGUAAGCGACUUUACCUACUCAAAUGAUUUGGUUUCUGGAUCUCCUUGGGUACAUCCGAUGAAGAACGCGAGAAAUAAUUCAACUAUCUGCUGGAGCAAAAAAUUUCCACUGCGGCCAAAUCAGGACCUGUAUCGCAGAAGCACUCGAGGAUGUCCAUUAAUUAUCGUCUCAACCAAGGAAAACUUGUGCCUUCAAAGAAAUACAAGGCUACGCAGGUCGGAUUUGGUAGAGAGACAAGGCAAGCAUGACGAAGUCAGAAUGGAAGAGGAAAGCGCUACACAGUGGAAUUUGAUCCUGUCGCUGUCCGUUUGAUCCUGAUGCUCAAUUUCUGAUCCAUCAUAAGUCUUCUCAUGUAACGUCGUGCCUUUGCCUCAUUAGUUAAGCAUUUUUUCUCAUUAAUCACUGCUUCAUUUACUUACUCCCCGCUUACCUCUAUAUUCAGUACAUGCUUACUUCAAAUCUCACUGUCAAUAUGAUACUCCUUACGCAUUACUCGGGCACAAUUGCAAUUCAAUCUUUUAAGAACUUCAAGAAAUCCUCCCAUUUCUGUCGAUAUGUUAUAUCUACU